GCCCCGCCCGCUCGCCCUCAAUGGAAAGACACUUCCUGUGACAGUUCAUUUCCUGGUUGGAUGGAUGGAGCCGAAGAGGGUGUGUGGGGCGGCGGGGGGGAGGGGUAGAGAGGGGGGUCAAUCUCUGAUGGUCUCUCCAGCGAUCAGCUGAAGCCUCAUGCAAUUCUCGCCUCUCCCGGGUUACCUUGCAACAGAGUUGCAGUCUGGGAUCCGGUGGCUGUGACAAUGUUGCUGAAUUGGUAGCCAGGAGCCUGCAGCCUGGAGCUGUACGAAGUCUAAACUUUAAAAAAAUCGCUUUCCAGAAGAGGAAGAGAAAAUUGCACUACUUAGAAGCAUAUAUAUAUUAUAUGCAUAAAUAUAUAUACAUAUAUAUAAAUAUAUACACAUCUUCCCCUCUUUCCCCAUGAGUGGAUUUUUCCUGUUAUCCCAAUAGAGAUCGGGGAGGAAAUUUUGGGACUUCUUGCUUUUCAUAAUUAAAAGAGAGAGAGAAGAAAAAAAAAGCAUCCAGGAACCAUUUCAUCUGCCGGUUUGUUGCUGCCUUCUUUUGCAAGAUGAAGAAGUUUUUUGACUCCCGCCGAGAGCAAGGAGGCUCUGGCCCGGGGUCUGGCUCCAGCGGAGGAGGAGGGAGCACCUCGGGCCCAGGGAGUGGGCACAUUGGCCGCGUCUUUGGCAUUGGGAGACAUCAGGUCACUGUGGAUGAGGUAUUGGCUGAAGGGGGAUUUGCCAUUGUCUUCCUGGUGAGGACAAGCAAUGGGAUGAAAUGUGCCCUCAAACGCAUGUUUGUCAACAAUGAACAUGACCUCCAAGUGUGCAAGAGAGAAAUUCAGAUCAUGAGGGACCUGUCGGGACACAAGAACAUUGUUGGAUACAUUGAUUCUAGUAUCAAUAAUGUGAGUAGCGGCGAUGUGUGGGAAGUUCUAAUACUCAUGGAUUUUUGCCGAGGAGGUCAAGUGGUGAACUUGAUGAACCAGCGUUUACAGACAGGCUUCACAGAGAAUGAAGUGCUACAGAUAUUCUGUGACACGUGUGAAGCUGUUGCCCGCUUACAUCAGUGCAAAACACCCAUUAUCCACCGGGAUCUGAAGGUGGAAAACAUCCUGCUGCAUGACCGAGGCCAUUAUGUCCUGUGUGACUUUGGGAGUGCCACUAACAGAUUCCAGAAUCCACAAGCCGAGGGCGUCAACGCGGUAGAGGACGAGAUUAAGAAGUACACCACGCUUUCCUACCGAGCCCCAGAAAUGGUCAACCUGUACAGUGGCAAAAUCAUCACGACAAAGGCUGACAUUUGGGCCCUCGGUUGUUUGUUAUAUAAAUUAUGCUACUUUACAUUACCAUUUGGGGAGAGUCAGGUAGCCAUUUGUGAUGGAAACUUCACGAUUCCUGAUAAUUCGCGGUAUUCCCAAGACAUGCAUUGCCUCAUACGGUAUAUGUUGGAGCCAGACCCUGACAAGAGGCCAGAUAUUUAUCAGAUCUCGUACUUCUCAUUUAAGCUCGCCAAGAGAGAGUGUCCCAUUCAGAAUGUUCAGAACUCUCCCAUCCCUGCUAAGCUUCCAGAACCAGUGAAAGCCAGUGAGGCAGCUGCUAAAAAAACCCAGCCAAAGGCCAGGCUGACAGACCCUAUCCCCACCACAGAGACAUCCAUUGCACCCCGCCAGCGGCCGAAAGCUGGACAGACCCAACCAAACCCAGGAAUUCUCCCUAUUCAGCCAGCCCUGACACCUCGAAAGAGGCCUACAGUCCAGCCCCCAGCUCAACCGACAGUUUCAGUACCCAGCAUUCAGGCUACCAAUGUCCCUCAACCAAAAACCCAACCUCCCUCGGGUCAGCCCCUCCCCCAAGCUCCACCCAAACAGCCACAAGCCCCACCCACUCCUCAGCAGACACCUUCCACUCAGGCCCAGGCCACACCCCAGCACCAGCAGCAUCUCUUCCUCAAGCAGCAGCAACAACAGCAGCAGCAGCAGCAGCAGCAGCAGCAACAACAACAGCCACCGCCACAGCCACCGCAGCCACAGCAGCAGCAGCCACAGCAGCCACCGCAGCAACAGGCCACAUUUUACCAGCAGCAGCCUCAGCCAACGCCGCAGCAGCCGCUGGCACCCGGGCAGCAGUUCCAGGUGAUGCAUCAGGGAGCCCAGCAACCAGCUAUUGCUCAGUUGCCUGGGCCACCCCAAGGAGCCUCCCAGCAGCAGCUGAUGCAGAACUUCUACCAGCAGCAGCAGCAACAGCAGCAGCAACUGCUGAAGGCUCAGCAGAAGACAUCUGUGGCAGCAGGACAGUCAAAGCAACAGGCUCCUUCCCAUCCCCAGCCACAGGUGCAGCUGGCUGCUGCCCAGCAGCCCCCCCCUGCCCAGGAGCCUGUGCAGAAACAAGCACCAAUAAGACAACAAGUAAAAGCUCAGACCACCCCACCCCCUGCCAUCCAGGGGCAAAAGCUUGGAUCUCUCACUCCUCCAUCAUCCCCCAAAGCCCAGCGGGCCGGACACAGGAGAAUCCUCAGUGAUGUGACCCAUAGCGCUGUCUUUGGGGUCCCUGCCAGCCAGUCGACUCAGUUGCUCCAGGCGGCUGCAGCUGAAGCAAGCCUCAAUAAGUCCAAGUCUGCAUCCACCACUCCAUCAGGUUCUCCCCGGACCUCUCAACAAAACGUUUACAACCCUUCUGAAGGCUCUACUUGGAAUCCUUUUGAUGAUGAUAAUUUCUCCAAACUCACAGCUGAGGAGCUACUGAACAAGGACUUUGCAAAACUUGGUGAUGGUAAAUCUGAAAAACUUGGUGGUUCAGCAGAGAGUUUGAUCCCAGGCUUUCAACCAGGUCCAGCCACUACUCAGUCAGAUGCUUUUGGCUCCACCUCCUUUUCUACUGGAACUGCUGAAACAACGAAAGCUGUGCUUGGUCUGGAUGUGAGUCCUCCUCUUCUGAACGUGUCUGACCCUUUCAUCCCUCUCUCAGCACCUGAUGCGCCAGAAAAGCUUAUCGAGGGGCUCAAAUCUCCCAGUACUUCACUUCUCCUUCCUGACCUCUUGCCUCUGGCAGAUCCCUUUGGCAGCACUUCAGAUGCUGUGAAUGGAAAAGUUGAUGUUGCUGUUGAAAGUCUCAUACCAGGAUUGGAGCCCCCAAUGCCCCAGCGCCUCUCAUCUCAGACUGACUCUGUCACAUCCAACCGAACAGAUUCUCUCCCUGGGGAAGAUUCCCUUCUUGACUCCUCUCUGCUUUCUAACCCAGCUACUGACCUUCUAGAUGAGUUCACUCCCAUGGCAAUUUCUGCUCCAACUCAUAAAGAAGAUAGUAAUCUCAUCUCAGGUUUUGAUGAUCCUGAGGGCCCCGAAAAGGUGGCAGAAGAUGAGUUUGACCCCAUUCCUGUGUUGAUAUCCAAAAACUCACAAGGUGGGCACUCUAGAAACAGCAGUGGGAGCUCUGAGUCCAGUCUUCCCAACCUAGCCAGGUCUUUGCUGCUGGUGGAUCAGCUCAUAGACCUGUAGCGGUGACCCAGUAGCAGAUGCAGUUCUGUAACCUUCAUACCGUAAUCUACGUUUUCAUUUCCAGAAGAAUUAACAUUCAAAAUGAUUUUUUUUAGUUUGCUAAAAAAGGGACCUGCCAUCCUUUACCCUCACCACUCACCUUCUCCCCUAGAAACAAUAAGAAAAGGAAAUGGCCUUCCAGAGAUAUUUCUUGGCAAGUUCCUCCCAGGUCCCAUUUUAUCAAUCGUUUCUCAUGAACCCACUUUCAAUAGCAUUAGCUUAAAUUGUGAACUAGUUGCCAUGCCACAAAGUCUCCCUUUUGCUGGAAUCGAUCCCUACCUAGCUUGACCAAAAGUUCAACUAGUUAAUUGUCACCUGGUGGUCUCUGUUGUGCUCACUAGGAAUGGCCUACCAAGCCAAGACUCCCAAACCCCCUUUCCUUAGGCCUGAUGAUUAUGUUUAUCUGUUUCUUUUCUUUUCUUAAUGCAUUACCUUGUGGAGAUGGACCAUUGAAAUGUUCUCAGCUGGAGGCAAUAGACUGGGGAUGGAUCUAAGGCUUAAGGGAGGGUAGAAUGCCUUGUUGGUAGUAUAUGCUUGGCAGGAAAAAUUGUUUUUUUCCCCUAGCCAGCCAAGUUAGACUUAGCCAAGGGAUUUCAUUUGCCAUCCCACUAUCAGCUCCAAACCUGUCCAGCAUUGCUUUAACCUCUUGGAUAUGAAGAGACCAUGAUACAUGACUGCAAACACUGGCAAUCUUUGGGUAAAUUGCAUUCCAAGUAUUGCUAUUCCUGUUGUAACUAUCCCAAGCCCAGAUCUCAGAAUUAGACCAAAAUAUAGACAGUGGUGGUAAUUAUAUCUUUAAUUAGAAGCCACUUUUUUGUUUGUUUUUGUGGGAGGGGGUGGGCUGGGGUGGGAAAAGGCAUAGCAGAAAUGGAUGUAUUUUUCUUGUGAUUUUUAUUUUGAAUUGAAUACUGUAAAUUAUGUAUAAAUGAAGAUGUUGACCGGUUUUGUUCCACUUGGCGUUUCCAAUCCAAUGUCAGGUGUCUGUACAGGGUUCAUGCUCCCCUUCCCAUGUAAUUACUUGGCAGCCCCACAUUGUAAGGUACAGGAUCCUCCUCAGCUGACAAGUGUGUUGCUCUGAGUUUUCUGCAGCUCUUUUGUCUUUGUAGAGUAAGCACCUGUUUGUGUUCUGGUCAUCAGAAGUGAGUGUGCUGACGAGCUAGGCGCCGUAUGGCCCAGGUUAAUUAUCUUCCUUUCUCCUUGAUAUUUAAGUCGGAGGCUGCCAGCUACUGUUCUGCUUGCUCUCCUUGGCUUACAAGCCAAAAAUCAAGAAACAGCACAGAGUUCUUCACUGACUUUAAAACACUGUUCAUGAAAUAAAGGACUCUGGACCAACAUACUCACAAGUUUAGUGGUUGCCCUCUGUUUGCCUAUGGAGCUCAUGCUAUUCGCUGAAUUGUGGUUUGUUUUGUUUUGCUUUUCCUCGUGUGAAAAAGCUACUGAAACAGUUCAUGAGAAGAGGUGGCUCAGGCAAGCCUUCUCUACCUAUUCUCUCCCCACUCCUACUCCUGGCUCUCCUACUCACCCUCAGAAGGGAUCUAGCUCUUAGGUGAAAAGAUUUCUGUAAAUAAAAUUCCACAUCCACACUCUUGACUCUAGACCUAAUACUUUUAUUUCUCCUUCUCUACAUUUGCACUUUAAGAAGAAAAGGAAAAGGGGUUAGGGGGCCCAUUUGUUGAUACCCCUAAAGCCUGCAAGACACUGCACUUUGGAGGGGCAGUUUUGUGCUCUCCCAUGUGAGCAGCCUUAGAAAAACUGUGGAGCUGGGAACUGAGGCUCUUCCAUUCUUCUUUUUUCUUUCAAUGGCACCACUGUGGGCUGAAGCCAGUUGGCCAAAUAACAAGCCUGUUUUAGGGUAUGAGUUCGUUUGGGUUUUAUUUUUCUGUAGUUUCAAAAUUAAACCAGCCUGCUGGGGAUGAAACACACACAAUUACCCAUGAAAUCCUUUUGAUUGGCUGAGUUUGGGCAACAAUAAAAAUAAAACUUGGUUUUCUUUUUUAUGGUUGGGAAAAGGGAAACAUGCUUAUGAACAACUAUACUUGGAACUAAUGCUUCAGAUCCAAAUUUUAUUCUCUCUUCUGGAAUAAGCAGAAUGUAUCAGCCAAAGUAGGUAUAAGAGUUUAGUUUAAAAUAAGAUUCUCUCAAUCAAAUGGCCUCAGAUAGUCUGACUACUCAAUUCAAAUAAAGCCAUGAAGAAUAUCAUUCUGAGAAAAUGAAGGGAUUGCAUUUAAGUGGUCACUUUUCCACAUGGCUCUUAAUUAGAUUAAGAUGUAUUGACUUCAUGAUGGUCUGGCUCAGGAAAUUUUAAUGGACAUAGCUAAUAAAAUUGGAUACAAAAGAAGCUUGAGGCCCAAGGAUUUUAACCUCUAAGGCUUUGAUUUGGAACAGCUGGAAUGAGAUAGCUGGCACUAAAUUUUUCAAGCCAUGUUUUUCAGGAGUAUGGGAGGAAAAUCAAGUGGCUACCAGUUGAGAGAACACAUGGGAAUAACACAAUAAAUUAAACCCAUUCCCAGUUUUUAAAGUUAAUGUUAAACUUGUCAUUUGUUGCUUGUAUUAGGAACAAGGAAAAUAAGAUGGCAGUUUUAGUUGUUGGUGAGUAGAAUCAUCAAGAAUUUCGGAGCUAACAGGUAGGGAGCCUGGUGACCUCAAAAGAACAUGUGGCUGAGAAUUGGGAGCUUCUGGAAUUAGACUCAUAAAUCACCCAGGACAAAUCACUUAACCUCUUUUAGGGCUCAGUUUCUUCAUCUGUAAAAUGAGGUCAAACUGGAUGAUUUCCAAGCUUCCUAAAUGUUCUAUAGCAUUCCUCUGGGUUUGUUAUUCUUAAGAGAUCAUCUAGUCUCACUCUUAUUUUCUAGGGGAGGAAAAAGUCUGAGAGGGAAAGUGUCUCUGUUUUACUUCAGAAGAACUGUGAAGGGUGACAUUUCAUCCUGAUGUUCUUGUGCAACAUUGCCUCAUUUGGGGGUGUGAAAUGUUUGAACAGGAUUGUCCUACCUUGGUUUGCUGUCAUUACUCCAGCUCUCUGAAACUUCACCUGACAGGGCCAAUCCUGUCUUUAUUUGAAUAAAGGCCCAUUAGGGAGAUCCUACCAGAGUAGCUGCUCUUUUAACUUUGAGCAUAGCAUCUUAUUGUAGAGAACACAGCAGCAUCCCAAAUCCUUUUCUUUAGUUUGUAAAAUAGAAGCCUGCUCUCUGAAAAAAUGAACAAAUACUCUACAAGGUAUCCCCAGAACUUGAAGUGUCGUUUUAAACAUUCACAAGGCUCUAAGCCUUUUGGGACACCCUGUAGAAAGGUAUAUAGUUAUAAAGAAAUAUAGCUAUAUAUCUAGAUGUAGACAUAGAGGUCACACCCAAAUGUGUAUAUCUAUACAUGUGACUGUGUUUGUAUAUACAUAUAGAUAUAUACGUAUAUGUAUGUGUAUAUAUAUGUAUAUGUAUAUAUAUAUAUAUAUAUAUAUAUGAUUUACUUUUACCAUAAUACUUUAAGGGCGAUCAUUAUAACCAGAAAUUAAUUUGUUUUUCCCUGACCUUUGGAUCAUUCACGUCAUCUAAUUCAAAUCCCUGUUUUAGGAAGCCUGAAAGCCCUUCUUUCCAGUGCAUGGAUAAUUGUUAGCACUUAAUAAAUUCUUACUGUCCAACUGACUGACAAGAAAAUUAACUGACCUGAGGCAGCAUUGAGAGGAGAGGUGAUUGUCCUACUUAUACCCUGCCCCAGCUUAUACCAUUUCUGGAUUAUUGUGUUAAGUUUGAGCAGCACAUUUUAGGAGAAGGCAUUUAGGAGAAGAGGGCAUCCAGGAUGGUGAAGAGCUAGAUGAGAACUGAUUGAAGAAACUGAGUAUAUUUUAGCCUAAAGGAGGGGAAAAUCUGAAGGAAUCAAGUACUUAAAAGGCCAUCCCAGGGAAGAAGUACUCCUUGAGUCUGGAGGACAGGAGUUGAAGUUGUCAUUGGGAUUUGUAGAUUUAACCUUGCCAUUAGUUAAAAAACAAACAAACAAAACAAAAUGAAAAACUUUCUAGCCAUUAGAGCUGUCCUAAAAAAAGUCUCAUUAGGAAAGUGGGAUUUAAUUUGUUCUACAUGGACUCCAAGAGAGAAACUAGGAGUGAUAGUUAGAAAUCACAAAAAAGACAAAUUUAGGUUUGGGACAGGGACAAAUGAGGCAGCUAGAUGGCAAAGUAUAGAGAGUGCUGGCUUUGAAGUCAGGAAGAUUCAUCUUCCUAUAAGGGCAAAUCUAGCCGUAGACAUUUACUACCUGUGAGACCCUGGCCAAGUUACUUAAUCCUGUUUGCCUCAGUUUUCUCAGCUGUAAAAUGAGCUAGAAAAGGAAAUGGCAAACCACUCAGGUAUCUUUGCCAAGAAAAUCCCAAAUGGGGUCACAAAGCAUCAGAUACCCCUCAAAAUAGGGAUGAAUGUAUUCCAUUAGAGCUCUCCAGGAAGAUGGCUUCAGGAGGCAGGGAGUUUUCCAUCCAUCAGAAGCUUGCAAAUGAAAAGGCACUUACUGGCCGCAUUGUAGAUGGGUUUUUUGUUAAUCCCAUCUGGCCUCUGAGGCCCCUUUUAGCACUGGAAUUCUAUAAAAUCACCGGCCAUAUUUAAGCCGAGGAUUUUGCUUAAUUGAAUGCUUUUAAAUAUUUGUUUUUUCUAAAAAACAUUCCAGAACUUACACAUCCAAAUCACUAACUAGUAUCCUCUUUAAAUGAUUCCUCUGGAAGUCUCAGUACUUAUCCCAAUGAUGCCAGCCUGCUGUCCCUUUAGUGCCUUCUCUCUGACUUCCCAGGACGAGGAGAAAGGACAGACCACAGGGCCAGCUGGUCUGGUAAACCAGACCACACAAGAAAACCAGUCCCGCCGCUCCUUACAGCUGGGGUUUAGGUGAGAAUAACAUCCCUCUAGCUUAGUAACUGGGAUUGCCAUCAGAUGACUCCAGCUUCCAAAAUGUCCAUCCCGUCCUUAGAGGAAGAGUGGGCUUUUGAGCGUGCCGCAGACUUGGGAAACAGUCCCAAAAGAGAUCUCCGUGUCUCCCCAGGGUAACUCGGCCUCAGCUAUGCAAUUACACAUUGGUUUUCAACCUCUUCACUAACAUAGAAGCAAACUUGUAACGAAUCUUUAAAAUACGCACAGUUCUGACUCUCACGACUUUUCCAUAGUUUCCUUGUAUCUACAGUGAGAUGUAGUGGAUAAAGGGAUGGCUUAAGAGGCAGGAAGAUCUGGGUUCAAGGGUUGCCUAGGAUAUGUCCUAGCUAGGGGACCACACCGGGCAAAUCACCUAAUCUCUCAGUUGACCCAGGCAGCUCUCCUAAGUAGGUAAGCUAUAAACUAGUUACAGAUCUCCAUCAGCAGGAAAGAUCCUGAAUUUUCACUUAGAAUGCCCUACAUGGAUGAAAUCCUACAUCUGGAAUCUUCUCUCUCUCUCUCUCUCUCUCCCUCUCCCUCUCCCUCUCCUCCCUCCUCCUGUCAAAGAAUCACAAAAUGAGGGAGGAUCACCCAACUCUCUUAUUGUACAGGUGAGGCCACUCCACCAAAUGAGGAUUCCACCAGACCCCUAACUCUUACAUAAGAUUAAGAGUUCUGGGAAAGCCCAGACCAUCUCAUCUUACAGAGGAUUCUCAAUAACUCCUUUAUUUUCUAAAAUAUCAUCAUAGUUGAUGCAUUUCUCUAGGUUAAGCACUUUCCCUAGAGUCAGGCCUCUUUGGAAAUAAAAACCCCAGGAAAGAUAACAACUAAAUCACUCAUGCUUCAGGAUGAGUUAAUCUUCAGGCUUAGAGAUGGGAGGUCCUAAGUUCAAAUUUAGCCUCAGACACCUCAUAGCUGUGGGUCCCUGGGCAAGUCACUUUACCCACAUUUGCCUAGCCCUUAACAUUUUUUUUGUUAUUUUUUGCCUUGGAACCAAUACCCAGUAUUGAUUCUAAGACAGAAGGAAAGAGUUUUAAGGAAGGGAGCAGGGAAGCAGCUGGAUGAAAGGGGGAAGAUGACCCAAGAAUGGGAAGGUAGGAGACAUUGCCCCUCCUUCACAAUUAUGACUUAUGUUAGUAUGACUGUACAACUCACUAGAGAAGUUUCUGUCUGAUACAAAGAGGGAAUAAUCAAUUUCCAAGAAGCUCAUGUGGUCUCCAUGCAUAAAGCUAUUGGACAAAUGGAGAUUUUUUUUGAGGGAAUUAAUACCCCACAUUAAGGAUCUUGUCAUAUAUUAUUUAUUAGACUCUCCAAAAUAAAUUAUUUUUCAAAGACAACUGGUAAUACAGAUGCUGGAAGGGACCACAUAUGAUUUGGUUCAGUUGUCUGAUUUUAAAGAUGAAGAAACUGAGACUGCGUAGGGAAAAGUAAGUUGCUGCAGGUCACACCCCUAAUAAAUGAAGAAGCGGGGGCUCAAGCCCAGAGGGGUUUAUUCUUUCUGCAUCAUCUUUAACAAAAGCAAGGUGGAGGGCAAAGAGCAUUGAAUUGGAAAACAAAGGAACUGGGUUCAAAUCCUCCCUUGUUGUUUGAGUAGGCGGAACUUUUUGUUGUUGUUUGGAUAUUACUAAAAAUAAAUUUCUUUGCAGAAUUUGGUAGACUGACAUUGAAAAAAAUGGAACACUGAAUUUUUGUUUCCCUUUGUAUUUUAUAAUCUAGUAAACCACACUUCUGGGCUAAGAUGCCAUUGAUUUUUCAUUUAAUAUCUGUUGGAGGUACUUCUUCCUAAUAAGGCCUGUGGCUGCUAAUCAACUUGGCCAAAAUAAGUCUUAAGAAAUGAAAUCAAUUCAAUUUAAAUCCAACACCCCUGUAUUAAGAAUCUGUAGUGUAAGAGACAUAGUGCUAAGCUCUAAAGAUACAAGAAUGAAGUAAUAAAAAGUUCUUAUCCUGGAGAACUGAGGAGGCAGGGUAUAAGGGAGAGAAUGUAACUCAUACACAUAUAAGAGGUUGAUUAUAAUGGAGCAAAGGUGAGACGUAGGCUUAAUGCAGUCAGGAAGUUUGAGGAGAGUUAGAAGCUUCAAGGAAGGCUUCCUAGAGGAAGUGCUGCUUUAGCCAGGCCUUGAAGGAAGAAAUGAAUUUUUAGAGGCAGAGAUUUGGAAUUAUUAUGUCUCGGAUAUGAGUAACACUCCAUAACGAUGCAGGGAGGCCAGAAAGAAUGGUGGCGAUGACAGAACAGCUAGCAGUCUCAUCUAGUUUAAAUACAGAGUGUGUGAGAAGCAAUUUGGCAUAGUAGCUUGAGAUGUGUCCUUAGAGCCAAGAAGACCAAGGCCGAAGUUCUGUCUGUGUUGCAUCCUGACUGUGUGACCCCAGCUAAAUCAUAUAACUUCUUUCUUGGCACUUCUGUGACUGCUGAAAGGUCUGCCUAGCUGUGCUACCCUGGGCUAGUCACUUAACACCAUUUACUUAGCCCUUGCCCUUCUGUCUUAGAGCUGUUACUAAUACAGAAAGUGAGGGUUAAAAAAAAAAAGGUCUCUUCUCUUAUAUUGCAGAAAAGGUGCCAAUCUGCACGGGUAGAGGGAGUUUCCUUAUCUGUGAGUUCCCUUCAUCUGUGAAAUAAUCCUAUAUCCAGGCCCUGUUCCUCUAGAGGAAGUGGAGGGAAUGAUGGGAGAUAAGGAUGAGAAAGCAGGUAGGAGCCAAAUUGUAAAGGACUUUCAGUGCUUGGUUGAAGAAUUGGCAACUGGCAUAGGUUACUUUUUUUUUCCAUUCCCUGACAGAUGACCCCUUUACAAUGACUUUCACCUCCCAGGUGUUGUCUGAGGGAACCUGCUAAGCUUUUUCCCGAUCCAAAGGGGCAAGAACUUGAAUAAACAAGACCUAUGUCUGCUGGACAACUUCAGGAUUACUGCUUUCUGUUAGUUUAUUUUACUAUUCAUCAAUAUCCUCAGUCUAGAAAUGUGUUGGGACCUGAUAUGUGUUCAUUAGAAUGUGUGCCCCGGACUGCAUUCUAAUUAAUACACCACAUUGGAGGCAGCCCAGGAAGCUUCAAAACAAAACACAAAGAAUCAUAACAUGGAUUGAGAUCCUGCACGGUCUUUUUCCUGAAACUCCAAAUGCUAUAAAAAUCAAUCUUUCCUCCUUCAGAUGCCAACAGAGUUUAUUGACAUAAACCAUUAUCAUUCCUAUAUCCUUAUGACUUUCUUUCUCCUGCCCCCUCAAAAAAAUUGUCAGAUUACAUCCUUUGGAAUAUAGCCAAAUGGUCAUCUCACCAUAUUUUAGUAACCAUGGGGACCUGGGGAGAAGGGUUGGGUAACCUAUGCAAACAAAAUCAUCAAGUAGCGGUAGUUCCAGAGUAGAUGAACCCUUUUUAUUGUUGUUACUGGUUUCUUUUAAAUAUGGAAGUGUGAAUUUUUACCUACAUAGUGUGAGAAUUCUAAGUUGAGGUGUCACAUAAUUCGUUGUAUCAUGUAUCUGUAUAUUUAAUGCCAGUUUUCAUUCUGUCCUUUCCCCAAGAAGACAAAGGAAGCUGUUAGAUGUAAAAUUACCUUCUUAAGUCAAAAUGUGGAGGCUAGAAAUUGCUACGCAAGUAUUUGAGAGAAAUAAAGCUCUAUAAAUGUAGACAAAAUAUCCUUAUGUAAAAAUUCAAGAGAAUAAAAUCUUCAUCUGUUGUCACUACUGUGCAUGCUUAGAAAUGUAAAUAUAUAACUUUACAGUAGGAGCUGAGUUCUUGGACUUUUCAGGAAAGAGGUGACUAGAGGACACAUACAUCAUUCAUUGGUAUAAGAAGAUGGCACCAAAAGGGGGAAAAAUGUGUGGAAAGGGAGUAGGGAUGAUAAGAGGCUUGUUCAGACAAAGAAGCACCUCCCUGCUCCAUACAAAUUUGUUGUAAAUGGGAGGAAAUCUGGGAAGUAAAGUCUAGCUGCCCUUUUAUUUAAGCUUUGGCUCACAUAGGCUCAUGCAAGGAAGCUUAUUGGGGAUGACUAACAUGUUGACAGAAGCUUUCUCACAAGGCCCUAAGGUUAAUGUCCCCAAGGAUCUGAAAGGCACAGUGGUAUCUAUCAGUAAGCCCUGAAGGCCAUCGAGUCCUCUGUUUCCAUCCUGUUACAGCCUCAUGUGAUUGAACAGAUCGGCCUAUUUGUUUUACAACCAACACCAAGAAUGUACUGAACAUCUGGCUCUGAGCAGCACUACUUCUCUUCCUGACCUUUUGCUGAGAAUUUUGCAAAUUUCAGAGGGUAUAGAUUUUUUGAGAUUCUUUGGCAGGAGGUCCUCUUUAUUCUGUAUACCUGUAGAAGAACAUGUCCCUAAAAAGUGGUUUCAAAUAUGCAAAGAGAUCUGCAGAAUGCACGUAAAUCCUUUAUAUCAAUUCAUUUUGUAGUGUGAGGUAAAGAUUUCUCUUGAGAAAAAUUUGUUGCAAGCCACCAGGGAAAUUUGAGUAUUGAAACUUUCCCUCAGAGCACACUGAAUUACAGGUACUAAACCUUUUAGAUAAGCUGGUCCUAAGAUCAUUCAAUGCUUUAAGGACAUCAUGGUAUAAUGGAAAGAAAAUUAGAUUUGAAAUCAGAGGUUCAAUCCGAGCUCUGCCACUUAUUGUAUAACCUGAGGGAAGUCACUUAACCCCAUUGGGUCUCAGUUUCCUUAUUUGUAAGUUGAAGGAUUUGGAUCCUAUUAUUCCUAAGAGCCCUCCCUGUUCUAACUUCUCUGAUUUUAUGAGAUUGAACAUUUGAGCCAUAAUUCCAAAGUGAAUGGGGAGCCAGUAGAGAGGGAAUUGAUGGGUCCAGUCCAACAGUGUUGUUCUUAAUGCCACCCAUGCUGCUUAACCCUCUAAAGCAGAUAGGGCAUUUUGUUGAACUAUGCUUAGCUGGUAGACUUUAGAAGUAUUAUGGAGGUGCCACCAAAUUACACGCAGUCAUCCCAGAUGAAGGUUUAAGAAUGUGAAUUUACUCUGACACAAGUGGAAGUUGCAAAAAAGUCAUGUCUUACUGCACAUACUAUUUAGGAGUAGAUGCAUUUCCCUCAAGUUUGAAAUUUGCACAUCAGUUUUGGUGAAAUCCUGGCAUUAGUUUUACACCACCACAUUUUGAGGCGAAACUGAGAAUCGGGAGCAUGGGACUACUGGCCAGGGUCGUGCCUGUGAGUCGCCACAUGGGGGACUGUUCACGGCUACCGACUCUGCCCCUAGUCCCGGCUAGACAUUGUAACUUGGGUACCAUUGUUCACUAGGGGAUCUAGGCAAGAGAAUGGAGAUGGAUUUGACAAAUCCAUGAGUGUGUCUAGAAAAACAGCCGAAAGCACAUGCCCACCAGAUGCCUGCAGCAUCAUCUGUACAUGGGAAUAGUGCAUUCUGGGAAACAACUUGGGCCAGAAAAUCACCUAUCUCGGCUGGGAAUUCUGGCAAAACGGGCCAUCAGAAAAGGACCCAGAGACUUUAGGGGACUGUGAUCUCCUCAUCUCGGCCAAGAAGCAAGCGCAAAGCUGUCUCACUAACUGAGGCCAGGUCCCAAGUGAGAGAGGGCGGCGACGUCCCUCUGUAUUGGGCUCGGAUCAGACCACAUCUGGAGAACUGCAUUUGCCUCCCAUAUGCUGCGUAUCAGGGAGAUGACUUCCAAGUAGGAGAAUGGCCAGGGGAUCCAAAACCCCCGCUAGAUGUGUGAGAAGUCUUAGGGGAAUCACAGCAGCUGGCUUGAAGACUUGCAUGAGCGGAUGAGUGGAAGCGGGUUAGUCUUGUUUUACUGUGGCCCAGCUGGCCCAUCCAAGUGCCGUUGAUGGGAAUGGCAUAAACAGAAUGUGGUGCAAUGAAAAGAGAAUUCUCUUCACAAUUGGAGCUAUCUAUCUAAAAAAAGAAUAGACUACCUUAUUAGCUGGUGGUGCAUUUCCCCAUCAUCAUGGUAGAAACCGCUUGUUAAACCACUUGAUAGGAACAUCAGGGAACAGGAAUAUUCCUCUUGAGACACACAUGGACUGGAUGGCUCUCAAGGUCUCUGUCAGUGCUACGAUUCUUAGAGGUUAGUCUGUUUGCCCCCAGUAAAAUGUAUUUAACAGCUUUCAGUGCAUCUUUAGCUUGUCUUAAAGAAACCCUUACUCCCUUUCCUCCCUUAUUUUAAUGGCCACUGCCACUGUGGCUAUUAUUACUACAUAGCAAUCCACCAGAAUGUGAAGUCAAUGGUUCUGCAAAUGCACAGGGCAUUUUAACAGCGAUAGAGACGGAGAAAAGGAAUUCCCAGGUUAGGAAACUCCCUGUACCAAUACCCAUUGAUGCCUUCUUGGCUAUUUAGACUAGAGAGGAGCAUAUAGAACACAGAGAAGUUGUCAUUUGCCCAGGGUCACAAUGGAUAUGUGUUAGAGGCAGCUUGACACCGGGUCUUGCUGGCUUUGAGGCUGACUCUCUAGUUGAAUGUCUGGGCAUGCAGCUUUAGUAGACCGAUCUCUGUCCCAGUCUAGUUUCUUUCCUUUUUCCCCAUGCACAAACUUUAUGAAAAGGGGAUACUGAGGUUGAAAGGACUCAGACCUCCCAAAAGGAACAAACUCAUUUGAAAUUGGAUCUUUAUGGCCACCCAGAACCCAAAAGGAGGCAAAUGUUGCUUGGCAGGCAAGGCACAAUCUACCGUCCACCUUUUACAGGGAUAGGAUCAAAUUGGUCUGUGAUUCUGUAGGGUCCUUCUCAUUGCAUCUGCCCUUUUGUGGUAGUGUGGGAAUCUUAGGGAAAUUCUUUUCCAUUUCCCAGGAUAAUCUUAGAGUAAAUAUAUUGUUAGACUUUUUUUUUUCAGUUCUUUUUAUUCCUCUAGCUUUCUUGACUAAUGAAGAUGUCAUUGGAUUCCACUGUGUUGGUGAAUUCUUGGUUAGUUAGGGCCUGGGGUCCCAAAAGGGACCGGUGAUUUGGAGAUAUGAUCUAUUCUAUUCAGCCAUGUGAAAUAGGUGAGAACUGUAUGAAUUUGGAUAUAUUUGGAGCUUCCCAUCAAUCUAUAAAGGAAAUCGCAAAUAACAAAUAUGACCAGGAUCCAAAACAUAAAUGCUUCUGUGGACAGUGAAGUUUAUGCUGUUUUUGUGUACAUACACACAAGCAUACACAUACACAUACACAUACUGGUUUAACUAAAUUAAGGAAUUGGGGGGGGGGGUUGCUUGUUCAUUUUUAAUCAUGAAUUCAAACUACUGUUUAGUUUCUUUCAACUCCAUGAUGCCAAAUAAUUGGCCUGACUUGAUUUCCACUUUUCAACUGAUUAUUUGAGUGUGCCAUACAACCAACUUAAUAAAAUAUCUCUUGAUGACCCUGUAAGGAAGUUUGGGGGAAAUGAGAGGACAUCGCUUUAGUGCUGGCAGGCAGAACCUGGGUAUUUGGAGGUGGGAGGCAAGAGGGGCUUCCAAACUCCUCACAUCUUUGUGAACAGAAAUGCUUGUUCAGAAAGCUUCUUGUCAUCCUUUCCUCUGAAUAUCCUUAUAGAAAUGACAUUUGGAAGUCAGCCAUGAUAAACUCAAAAUAGUCAUUCCUGAACUAGAAAAUGAGCCUCAGAUUGAAAUCUCCUAUGAAGGUGACAUGAUUAGUUCUUUGAGCAGAGCUCCCUUCAAAGGUUUCUUUCUUGCCCAACCUCGUGCUAACCAAGCCUCUCUAUCACCAGUCAGUCCCCUUUCACAAACUAGAGCUUGCAAGUGAAUUGAUCACAAAACCUUUUCCAUCAUCUUCACAUUCUCUCACUGCUGUUUGGAAAGUGUUCAACUCCCCAUCCUAGUUUAAGGCUUUCCACCUUCGUUUUAAAAUGUCACUAGCUUAGUAAAUGCAGUGAAGCUGUUAGGAAGGAAAAUUUUAAAAAAUGUCAAACCAUUUUGUUACUUGCAGACAAAAUAUUGAGAUUAGUACUGUUUAAAGAAGCAUCGCUAAAAAAAGUUAUAGGCUUCAGAGAAACAUAUAGUAUUUUUGUACAGCAACUUAUAAAAUGUUCACUUCUAUCUACACUGUCUUUACUCUACAGUGUAAUGUAUCCAAGUGAAUGUUUCCCAAUAAACUGAUUUUGGUGCCUCUC